UGUUGGAGGUCCACAGGGGAGGGGCCUGGCCACUCUUGUCCCUUGAGGGGUUUACACAGGGGGUCAUCACCCAGACUCUGUCUCCAAGAGAGUGACCUCAAUGUGUCUGAGCAACAAUCUUGGCCCUAUCUACAGGGUUAUCAGAGGGGGAAAGGCUCUAGAUUUUGGCAGUGAAACCACCAAAAGUGAAGGAAAACCAAAAUGCUACUCACUUCACCUCGGAAUCCUUCCCCUCACAGUGGUUGCCUUGGUCUUCUUUGGCUAUGGGUUCCUGAGCCACAGAAGCCAGAUAUUGGGAGACCCAGGACCUGUGACAAGGUGAGUGGAUUUGUUUCUGGUGUUGUCUUUUUGCAGGAUGGCCUAUGCCCAGCCAAAGGUGCUAACACCCAGUAGGAAAGAUGUUCUUGUCCUGACUCCUUGGCUGGCUCCCAUCAUCUGGGAGGGGACCUUCAACAUCGACAUUCUGAAUGAACAGUUCAGGCUUCAGAACACCACAGUUGGACUGACCGUGUUUGCCAUCAAAAAGUAUGUGGUGUUCCUGAAGCUGUUCCUGGAGACAGCAGAGCAGCACUUCAUGGUGGGACACAAGGUCACCUACUAUGUCUUCACUGACUGUCCAGCUGACGUGCCGCAGGUGCCCCUGGGUGCAGGACGGAAGCUGGUGGUGCUAACUGUGCGCAACUACACCCGCUGGCAGGAUGUGUCCAUGCACAGGAUGGAGAUGAUCAGCCACUUCUCAGAGGAGCGCUUUCUGCAUGAGGUGGAUUACCUGGUGUGUGCAGAUGUAGACAUGAAGUUCAGUGACCACGUGGGUGUGGAGAUUCUCUCAGCACUCUUUGGUACCCUGCAUCCUGGGUUCUACAGUAGCAGCAGCCGAGAGGCCUUUACCUAUGAGCGCCGGCCACAGUCCCAGGCCUACAUCCCCCGGGAUGAGGGUGACUUUUACUAUGCAGGGGGCUUCUUUGGGGGCUCAGUGUUGGAGGUGCACCAUCUCACCAAGGCCUGUCAUGAGGCUAUGGUGCAGGACAAGGCCAAUGGCAUUGAGGCUGUGUGGCAUGAUGAGAGCCAUCUGAACAAGUACCUGCUAUACCACAAGCCUACAAAGGUGUUGUCCCCAGAGUACGUGUGGGACCAGAAGCUGCUGGGCUGGCCCUCCAUCAUGAAGAAGCUGAGAUAUGUGGCUGUGCCCAAGAACCAUCAGGCAAUCAGGAACCGAUAGCUGAAUUCCUACUGGGGAGGCCAGACCUAUAUCCAGGGACACAUCAUUUCCGAAGUGUCACCCUCUCCCCCACUCAGAGUCCAGCACCCAGUAUCACUUGCCUCACCACACACUGGGCCCUUGGAGUGACAGCUGCCUUCAGCUCCCACUGUGUCCCUAAUCUCCUAUUCAGGGAAAUGGUAGCCAGAGCCUUCAGAAUAUGGGAGAAACUCUGUCAUGCAAUUACCUGAAGGCCUGAGCAUCCUCACACAGGCAUGUGCCUUCCUCUGUUGGUAGGCUUGAAAAAUGGCCAGUGCCCUUAGGAAUAGGCAGAGGGCAGGGAGAGUCACAGCCUGCAGGCCUCAGAGGUGCUUAGCUCCUGUUCAGCCCAGCUGGCAGAUCAGCACACUGUGACCAUCACCUCUGCUCAUUUUUGGUUCAUUUGGGAAUAACUAGUUAUCCAUUCUGGGAAUAAAUGUAUUUCUAGAUGAUAUAGGAGGUUUUUCAUUUUCCUUUCCUCUUUUGAGGUACUUAGGAUUGAACCCAGGGCCUCAUGGGUGCUAGUCAGACAUGCUGCCACUGAAGUCCGGGCUUUCUCCUAGAGACACAUGACUGAAUUUGCUGAGUGUUAGGUCCACUACAUUGUCUUUAUACUCUGGUUUCCAUUUGAAAUUUCCAAUAUAAAGUGGUUGUUUGGCAGGUCACUCAAUUUCUGCUUUAACACCUGCAGAAAUUGAGUCUAAUUAUAUUAUCUCUUCGGACAUGACAGAGUUAAGGAUCCAGGUAAUUUUUGUCACGUGUGGUGCUGCAGGCUUAUAAUCUCAGCAUUUGGAAGCUGGAAACAGGAGGACCAGAAGUUCCAGGCAAACCUGAGGUACAUGGGACCUUGUCACAUAAAAGCAUUUGUCCAGGUGCAUUCUGGAGGCAGAGGCAGGCAGAUCUCUGUGAGUUCGAGGCCAGCCUGGUCUACAGAACAAGAUCCAGGACAGGUACCAAAAACUACACAGAGAAACCCUGUCAUGAAAAACUCCUGCAAGUUGUCCUCUGCUCCUCCCACCCCUAUCCCCCCACAGACGGAGAGAGAAAAAAUGAUCUGGGUUACACAGGUGAACUAGAAGAACAGACUGAACCACCAAGGGCUGACAUGUAAAUGCCAUCUUCUGAAUAAAGAAUCUCCCUACA